GCCAAUCUCACUCUUUCAAAGCUUUAACCUCACUAGAGCGCUAUCUGCAUGCUUUUAACCAUGAAGUUGCUUAAGCUUGUAAGCUUUUACAAAACAUCACUGACCCACUUGAUUAUGAUACCACUCAUCAGUCAUGCAAAUGUCAAUCGUGCCUUCUAUCUUAAAAUGCCGGUAUGGUUAUGGUACAUCAUGACCAAAAUGUAAAUUUGUGAUUAUAACUCAUUACUAUGCUGAAAGCUAAUUAUAGUCUUCUUUCUUCUUUAUAUCUUGGCCAUGAACCCUUGCAUCCAGAAACAGGAAGGGCUUUCCUUGGAUUUGGGAAAGAUAAAACAUACUAUCCAAAUAUUCUUCGAUACAUCCCAUCAAUAUAUGCAGAAAGCACCAUGCUGGAGCCUGUUAUUGUGAUACUACUGCUGGCGACAGCAGAUGGUUCUCAUCGUGUGGUCCGAAAAGCAGGAGAUCAACCAAGCGAAGGCAGUUGUAUGGAGUUCAAUUUCGGCGGUGACUCCGGGGUUCACUGGUACAAUUGCUGUAACAAUUGUAUCAACGGCCGACCUGUGGACGACUGUGACCAGAUAACAUGGCAGUCAGUAUCAACCACAUCAUAUUGCGGAUCAUGUGGUAGUGAUACUCAAAGAGGAAAUGGAAAUAUGAGGGGAACUCAGUUUAAAUGUGGUGGGUGUAGUCGGCAAAAAAUAAUUAGAAAGGAAUGCUCGUCGUUCUGGAAGGAAAUCCCAGGAUUCUGUUGGGUGUUUUCAAAGUGUUUCCAGGAAACGUGCCAAAAGACACAUAGUAUUGUGAAAAGGUCUGUAAUUACAAAUCAGACACCUGACACAUGUUACAACAAUGUGUGUGACGCAGGGGAGACACCGGACAAUUGUCCAACUGACUGCUGCUAUAAGAGGAACCCUUCAUGUGCAUGGAACAACACGUGUGUAUCACCUUGCUGUGGUGAAAUAGGAUGUUGUGGCACGUCAGUUAGUCCCAGAAACUUGGCUGAAACAGACCCAAUCUUAGAAUUAAGCAGUUACCUUUUCUAUGUGUGUAUAUUAGUAUUUUUGAUUAGAAUCUUAAAAUUAAGCAGUUACCCUUUCUAUGUGUGUAUAUUAGUAUUUUUGAUUAUAACUAUUCGCCAUCUAUUUAAAAAAAAAAAGUACUUUAUUUCUAUUAGGCAAAAAAUAUAAUUCUCCUGUGUUAUUUGUUUAAAAGGCGGUUGAAAUAUACAUGAUCUCGUAGAACCUGACGUUGAUCCAUGCAUUCAUAUAAAUGUUUACAUUUGCUCUGCAUUGCCACUGUAUAACACCACCAAGGCCAGUUCCGUGAUAUGAGACCAUAACACAGGCGUACUGAUAUAUAUGACACCGGUUUAAACUGGUUCAUCGCGGGUCCGACUAACUUCGGGUCGCUAUUCCCCUCCGCUGUAGCAAGCAGAAAAGCCAAAACAAACCCACUAUGAUUCAAUAAUAUUCAACGUUUUAUGCAAGACUCUUAUCAAAUGUAAAUUGAAUAUCUUGAUUGAUUAAAAUUUGAAAUGGUA